UUUUGAAAUGAUUGUUAUUCAGUUCUCAUACAUUUGGUGAACGUUACAGAUAUUACAAACAUAUUCCAAAAUGUCGAAGGCAAAGCCCGCUGCAACGUCGGGUAAGCCGCAGCCCAAAAUCAAGUUUCCCAUUCACGAUACUCAUUUGAAAAAGUCACUGUCACAUGUAAAGACUGCUUGCAUUUUGGCAUUGUUGGCCCCACUUUGUUACUAUAUGUUGCAUAAUAUGCCGCGAAAAAUGAAAUAUAAGAAUUUUUAUUCGAGCUAUGAUCCGUUGGAUGCCUUUGAUCGCAUGCAAAGCGGUGGUUAUUUGACCUCAUGCCCCAAAGAGUCUAAAUCGGAUAAAAAGGAUGACAAGAAGGAUGACAAGAAGAAGAAAUAAGUGUCGAUUUCUUAACUAUGUGAGGAACAACUGAAACAAUUCAAACGGGGCGCAAAAUAUGGAACUCAACAAAUUUACACAAUGCAUCAAUGGAAAGGAAAUCCACAACGCAAAUGAAUUCUAAGAAAUUGUAAACUCAACAAAACUAUGAAUACAAUUUUUCAUGCACACCCAAACAUACACACACACUGCACACGCACACAGAUCUUAUAAAUGGAGCAUUGCAAAAGCU